AUGAAGCCGAUCGAGGUCGCAAAGGAGAAAGGCAAGGCCCCGACCACCUCUGGCCGAGUGCAGCGUGCGCAGAAGAGGAUGGCGCAGAUCGAGGUGGAGGGCUCGAAGGUGAGCACGAAGAAGAGCGGGAAGAGGAAGGCGAAGGAGUCAAGCGAUGAAGAGGAAGUACCGACCAUCAAGCCGCCAAAGAAGAAGCAUGCAACGAAGGAAUACAAGAGCAAGGAGUUCAUCGAAAGCAAAGACGAGACUCCGGCACCGCCUUCCAAUCUACCCGCCAAGACCGCAGGGGACUGUAAUGACGGUGUUGCGAAGACGAACGCCCCUGCCAAACCUGUCAAACAGACAAUGAGGAUGACGGCGACGCCUCAUGUCGCACCGAAGGGGAAGGCGAAGGGGAAGGCAAAGGCGACGGCGAAGGGGAAGGCAACGGCGAAGGGGAAGGCAACGGCGAAGGGGAAGGCGAAGGUGACAGUGUCGCAGAAGGACAUGUGGAAAAAGACGUCCACCCGCGUGUCUGACUUCAUGUGGGCACAUGCAACAGAUUCGCUCGUCCCUUGCGUUGGCUGCCAGGAGAAAGAGUGGCCAUGCAAGCUCAACACCGCCAACUUCGGUCGCUGCCUCGAAUGUGCAGCACGAGGCAUCAGUUGCAGCAUCGCGCCGAGGAACACGGACGGCGUGCCCCUGCGAGGAAACUCACACACCGCACAGCGUGAGUUCCAAGAGAUGUGCGCAGCGCUGGUGGUAGAGGGCAAGCCACUGCCCACAUCGCCACCUCCAUACGACGUCAAGGUCGACUCCGAUGAGCCCGACGGUGCAGAACCCAUGGUCAUGGGAGCGUCGAAGCGCAAGCUGCCGAAGAAGACCAAGACGCGCAAUGCUGCAGCAUCCAGCUCCAUGGUCAAGGGUGGCGAGGAGGUCGAGGCGACGAAGCAGAAGGCGACCGUCACGCGCUAUGAAGCCAACGCUGAAGGCGAGGCCUCGGUGGAGAAAUCGUCGAAGUCCAAGCGCGCCACCAAGUCCGCCACCGCCACUGGAGCUGUGGCUCUGUCCAACUCUGGCGAGGUCGCCAACUCUGGCGAGGUCUCCAAGUCUGGCGCGCCUGCCAAGUCUGGUGCAGUCGCCAAACCUGGCGAAGGUAAGAAAUCAGGACCCAAGCCAAAGCCGGUGAGGAGCCAAAACUCAGGUGCGCAAGAUGGUGGCGAGGUCACCAGGACCUCAGUACAUGAGGCGGAUGAGGUCCCGCCUGCCAAGUCUGUUGCGAAGGAGGGCGGGCAGACAACAAGGGUGGCGAUGGGAGGUCGCUCGGGCCCAAUGGUGCCUGUGAUCACCAGGAAGGCGAAGGCGAGUGCUCCGAAGGCAGCAGCCAAGAUGCCUCUGGCGGAAGGCGAUGGCAUGGAGGAAGCCGCCAGGCUGGCAAUGGAGGCGGUGCGGGCUAUGGCCUUCCAAACAGGGCCAGCUGCUCUGCCGCAAGCUAGCAGCAGCAAGCGCAUGCUGACACCAGUCGCCGAUGAACCAGAGGAUGUGCCAGAGUAUCAGGCAGAGGUGGCGGAGGAUGAGCGCGCGUCCUUGGAGCGGCCACACGACGAUCGGCGGCGUUCGCUGCUGAUGCCCCAUGAGACGAGCGCAGGAGCUGCCGAGGUGGCACAGGAGGUGACGCCCUCCCUGGAGAUAUCCAAGGCGUCAAAGGGAGCGAAGUCCUCCACAUUGGCGAAGGCAGGACAUCUCGAUGAAGGGCGAAGGCCAGCUAAGAGGGGUGCCCCACUGGACCGCAAUGCAGUGAAGAAGGAGGCGGAGGCGAAAAGGGAUGCAAAGGCGAACCGCCUCAGAGCAGUGCCUCUGACCAGCAAGGCACCCCACUUGCGCGACGUCCAGCAAGUGUCUACAGGAAGUCCCGCUCCGGUGAACGAAGACGACACCCCCAGUGGCGAAGAAACCUCGCAGUCAUCCAACGAUGACUGCGCGAAUUGUGCCGAGUUGCGACAGGAGUUUCUGGCGCACAAGGACGGGAUGGAAGUCCAAUUCCAGGAGAGGAUGGCGGACCUCAACACCGUCAAGGCAGAGAUCACAGCGGCACUCCAGCGAAUCAACCCGCCAUCCGCAUUUCAAGAAAAUGCCCGGAGCAUUCGCGAAGAGGUCAAGUUGGCCAUGGAGGAGUUUCGCAGGCCGGUCACCAUCGAGCUUCAGGAGAGCGUAAAGUUGGCGGUGGCGGACCUCGUCACCAAGCGACAUUGCCUGCCAGAGCUCAAGGAGAAGGUCAACAGGUUGGAGCAAGGCACGAACCAGACGGUGAGCCAAGCGGAUGUCGACAAGCUGCAGGGCGAAUUGGCCGACCUCCGUCAUUCGAUGGAGCUCCAGGCAGCGCGGUCAGACAGCAUGGAGAAGGAGCUCAGGUCUUCGGCGGCAGAGGCGAUCGCUCAAGCGAGCAAGCUGGAGAUGGAAUUGGCGCUCGCCAAAGAGGAUUCGAUGGCGGUGGCGACAUCCACUUUGGAUGAAGCGAAGAAGGUGGGGAAGGAGGUGGCAACGGUGAGAGAGGAAACCUCGCUGGUGGCGAAGUCUCUGGACGCAUUCCGAGAGAAGGUCGACUCUGCCAUGGUCUUCACCGCCUUUUGCCCAGAUAGCCACAAUGUGUAG